AUGCCUGAAGUACUCAGUGCAUUCUCUGAAAGUCCCGAACAGGUGUUCUCCGGGAAAGCAAAUUACAAGGAUGCGCUGGAAGAGGUAAAGGCGCUACUAGACCCGAUCACAUCCUCCAACUCGAUUCUUGAUGAGAUCCAUGUCAAGGGUCUUGUUGCCUCCCAGGUUUGGGGGCAAGUUAAGAUGGUUGUCGAUGGAGUUAGUGAGAACCUUUUGUUUGAGCAAAUACCCUCGAUCAAAGAAAGAUUGGGUGAGGAAGAACAGAGUGAAGAGGACGAAGCUCUUAACGAAGUGGAAGAGCAACUGGAACAAGAGAAUAACUCUGAAGAAAGCGAUUCAGAUGAAAGUGACUCCGAAGAAUAUUUUACCCCUACAGAAGAUCCUGAACUGCCAACGAAUUCCGAGUUUCACGAUGAUUAUAGCGAGUCUGAAGGGGAGGUUAACGAUGAAGCAGAGGAGUUGGUGAGGCCACAACCAGACAAGUUUGGGCUCAAUGACGACUUCUUUUCAAUUGACGAAUUCAACAAGCAAUCUAUGGCAAUGGAGGAUCCUGAGUUUGGUCAGGAUGACGACAAUGACGAAGAUGAUGUGGAUAUCUUUGGUGAUCUGGAUGAUGAUGACGAUGAGGAGGUGGUGAUGUACGAGGAUUUCUUUGCCGCUGAAAAGGCAAGAAACCAGCAAAAUAGUAAACGGAAACACGAGGAUGAUGAUGAAGAUGAAGAAGAGGAAGAUUUCGGAGGCUACAAUGAAGGACUUGCAGAAGAAGACUACGAUGCCGCUUUCGAGACCCUCGUUUCGGAUUUUAAGGCUCAACCAGCGGAGAACCUCUCUACAUUUGAAAAACAGCAGCUCGAGAUUCAAAAAGAGAUUGCUCAGCUUGAGAAAGAACAAAUUGCAGAUAAAAAGUGGCAGUUUAAAGGAGAGGUGACCUCCAAACAGCGCGAUCACGAUACGUUAUUGGACGACAGCAUCCAGUUCGAUAGAAACGCUAAGCCAGUUCCUGUGAUCACGAGUGAAACUUCAGAAACUCUCGAAGAGAUCAUUAGGCGAAGAAUCCUGAACUCAGAGUUUGACGAGCUAGAAAAGCGGGUUUUGAACGAGCUCAAGUUUAAGCCAUCCGAGAGGGUUGAAGUUUCUGAGAAGAAGGCUGAAAAAUCACUGGCAGAGCUAUAUGAGGAUCAGUAUAAAGGAGUUGACGGAUCAAAGGCCGAGGAUGAGCUGAAGGCUGCUCACGACGAGAUCUCAGGUCUUUUCAACAACCUCAUGUUCAAACUAGAUGCUCUCUCGUCUGCUCAUUUCAGACCCAAGAACAAACAGGCUACUCUGGACAUCAAGGUGGAGACCCCUACUAUCAGCAUGGAGGAUGCACAGCCACUCACCAUGGGAAAUUCAAGCUCUUUGGCGCCUCAAGAGGUGUAUUCCACCAAGACCAGAGUUGGCAAGGACGAGGUCCAGCUGCGUUCUGGUGUGGUGAUGUCCAAGGAAGAGCUGAGCCGGUCAGAUAAGCAGAGGUUGAGAAGGGCGAAGAAAAGAAAAGUUAGUAAAAAGUAA